CACAACAAUAAUGAAUGGAAACACGUCGGAGCCAAGAAAGAAAGUCAAGCAGCAACUGUGCUGCUCGCGAUUUUGAAAGUUAGAUGCGAAACACCAGCGGAAAGAAAAGCGGAAAUUUAGACCCGUGGCGGAAAACAGUACCAUAGAAGACGGGACUGUAAACGCGUGAAUAAAUGGCAUUUGGAUUUAGUAAAACGAGACUACUGCACUGUCAGUUUUUACAUGGGAGAAGUGGAUCGUUUGGAUUAUUGCGUUGAUUACAUCACUGGAAUAUUUGGGGAGAUUUAAAAAAAAACAAACAAAAUAUAUACAUAUUAUUAUUACCUGACUUGGAUUAAUUUAAAAACAGUUUUGCGACGUGUAUAAUAAAAGAGGAUACGACACUGCUGUGACAGGAAAAAAUGGGUAAUAUUGAAAGUGUGGACGGCCACUCGGAGAUGAAGCAUCACAUAAUGCCCCUGAAGGUGCCCAUGCCGGACCCCACCGAGCUAGAGGAGAAGUUCGCCAUCGUUUUGAACUCUAUGAACCUGCCUCCAGACAAAGCUCGGCUCCUCAAGCAGUAUGACAACGAGAAGAAGUGGGACCUGAUUUGUGACCAAGAGAGGUUUCAAGUGAAGAAUCCACCACACACUUACAUCCAGAAAAUACGAGGCUACUUAGAUCCUGGUGUCACCAGAAAGAAGUUCCGUAGGAGGGUCCAGGAGUCUACCAAAGUCUUAAGGGAGCUGGAGAUAUCUUUGAGGACAAACCACAUUGGGUGGGUCAGGGAGUUCCUCAACGAUGAGAACAGAGGUCUUGAUGUCUUGGUGGAGUACCUCUCCUUUGCCCAAUGUGCUGUCAUGUUGGAUUUUGAGGGGCUGGAGAAUGGGGAGGAUGGCUUUUUGGAGAAAGCUAAAUCUUGGAGCAGGUCCAUAGAGGAUUUGCAUCAUAUGAGCACUCAGCCCUUCUGCAACACACUGGUGCGGUCGGCCCGCCAGUCUGUCCUCCGCUAUGGCUCAGUCUCCAGCAGCAAAACCAUCAAGAACUCCCGACUUGUAAGCCAGAAGGAUGAUGUGCAUGUUUGCAUCAUGUGCUUGAGAGCCAUUAUGAACUACCAGUAUGGCUUCAAUAUGGUCAUGUCUCAUGCACACGCUGUCAAUGAAAUUGCUCUCAGUUUGAACAAUAAGAGUUCACGGACAAAAGCCUUGGUCCUUGAGCUGCUGGCUGCCGUCUGCCUCGUUCGAGGAGGUCACGAGAUCAUCCUGUCAGCGUUUGACAACUUCAAAGAGGUGUGUAAGGAGAAGCAUCGUUUUGAGCGCCUGAUGGAUUACUUCCGCAGUGAGGAGGGGAACAUCGACUUUAUGGUUGCUUGCAUGCAGUUCAUCAACAUUGUUGUGCACUCAGUGGAGGACAUGAACUUCCGAGUCCACCUGCAGUUUGAAUUCACCAAACUAGGACUGGACGACUAUCUGGAGAAAUGUAAACACACUGAGAGUGACAAGCUGUCGGUGCAGAUCCAGGCCUAUCUGGACAACGUGUUCGACGUGGGUGGUCUGCUGGAAGAUGCCGAGACCAAGAAUGCAGCACUGGAAAAGGUGGAGGAACUGGAGGAGCACCUGUCUCAUGUGACCGAAAAGCUUCUGGAGGUUGAGAAUGAAACGAUGAUGAAGGUGGCUGACUUGGAGAAGGUGCUCCUCCAGAAGGAUAAAGAUCUUCAAGCAAUACGGGAGACGUACGAGUCGACCAACACGCAGGUCAACACCCUGAGAAGGGUGAUCAAGGAGAAGGAUGCCGCCUUCCAGAGGCACUUCAACAUUGAGAGGCGACUCCUGGAGCUGGAGCAACAAGGCACCAUCCGCCUGUACAAGAAGCCCGAUGGAGACAUUGCCAUCGAGCCGCUCGGCGUCGGGGGAUCGGGCGUGGCGGGCAGCACCGGCGUCGGCAUCCCGCCGGCUGACAUCAGGGCUCUAUCUUUGGGUUCAACGGCGGCCAUAACGGAACCAGGGGUACUUGAUCCCAGUUUGCCUCCAGCCAGUGAAGCUCCACCCCCACCUCCUCCACCACCUCCGCCUCCUCCUCCACUUCCUUCUACCACAAGCCAAAGUGCACCUGUUCCACCGCCACCACCACCACCUCCUCUCGCGCCUCCUCUCCCUGAUGCCUCUCCUUCAGUUAUUCUGAGCGUGGGUCUCUCAGCUAUUAGGAUUAAGAAGCCCAUCAAAACUAAGUUCCGCCUGCCUGUGUUUAACUGGACUGCCCUGAAACCUAAUCAGAUCAACGGCACCGUUUUUAAUGAGAUUGAUGAUGAACGGGUGCUAGAGGAACUGGAUUUGGAGAAGUUCGAGGAGCUGUUUAAAACGCGCGCGCAGGGUCCAAUUGUGGACCUGUCGUGCACAAAGAGCAAAGUCGCUCAGAAGACGGCAAACAAAGUGACGCUGCUCGACGCCAAUCGCUCCAAGAACUUAGCCAUCACGCUGAGGAAGGCCAACAAGACCACAGAGGAAAUCUGCAAAGCAAUAGAGAAAUUUGACCUGAAGGCCUUACCCGUGGACUUUGUCGAGUGUCUGAUGCGCUUCUUGCCCACGGAGGCCGAGGUCAAAGUGCUUCGGCAGUACGAACGGGAGCGGCGUCCGUUGGACCAGCUGGCUGAGGAAGACCGCUUCAUGCUCUUGUUCAGCAAGAUCGAGAGGCUCACACAGAGGAUGAACAUCAUCACCUUCGUCGGGAAUUUUGUUGACAACGUCAGCAUGCUCACUCCGCAACUCAACGCAAUCAUCGCUGCUUCCGGCUCGGUCAAAUCCUCGCCAAAGUUAAAAAGGAUGCUCGAGAUUAUCUUAGCCUUGGGCAACUAUAUGAACAGCAGCAAGCGAGGGUGCGUUUACGGCUUCAAAUUGCAAAGUCUUGAUCUGCUGCUGGACACCAAGUCGACAGACAGGAAAAUGACGCUGCUCCACUACAUAGCUCUCAUUGUGAAGGAGAAAUAUCUGGAGCUGGCCAACUUCUACAAUGAGCUGAAUUUUGUGGAUAAAGCUGCAUCAGUGUCGCUGGAAAAUGUUCUGCUGGAUGUGCGAGAGCUGGGAAAAGGCAUGGAGCUGAUCCGGAGAGAAUGUAGCCUCCAUGACCACUCGGUCCUUAAGGGCUUUGUACAGGCGAGUGACGCCCAGCUGGACAAGCUGCAGAGGGAUGCCAAGACUGCAGAGGAAGCCUUCAAUAAUGUGGUGAACUACUUUGGAGAGAGCGCCAAGACCACUCCACCCUCUGUCUUCUUUCCCGUGUUUGUGCGCUUUAUCAAGGCCUACAAGGAUGCCGUGGAGGACAACGCACAAAGGAAAAAGCAGGAGGAAGCCAUGAGGGAAAAGUUACUGGCUCAAGAGGCUAAACAGCAUGACCCGAAGGUUCAGGCCCAGAAAAAGAGGCACCAGCAGCAGGAGCUGAUCGCAGAGCUGCGCAAGCGUCAGGCCAAAGACCACCGGCCCGUCUACGAGGGCAAGGACGGCACCAUUGAGGACAUCAUCACAGUACUGAAGAGCGUGCCCUUCACAGCCCGCACGGCUAAACGCGGCUCACGGUUCUUCUGUGAAGCCAACCUCUGCGAUGACGCCAACUGCUAGCCCCUCCCCCUUUAACGCCAAGAUCUGAGAAACCAGCCUUACCUGCGAGCAGAUGCCUUGAUCCGGAAUGGUUGGAAGAGACCCUAAACCACUUAUUCAUCACUUAUAACCCACUACACCCCCCCCCCCCCCCCCUUUCCCCCUUUUGUUUUAACCUUCCUGGCCAUGUUUGAGGCUGCACAUCACAAAGACUGAAAAGAAAUGAGGACAGAAGCCUUGUUUUAGCUGGGUAAUUUAUUUAUUUAUAGAGGCCUUUUUACAGCCACUUUAAGUGAAGCACAAGGGACCAUUCACUUCAAGACUUUCCCCGCUCUGUUUGAGUCAGCCAUUGAGAUGAUGUCGCAUACAGCACAGGUGGGCUGAUCCCCGCGCAUCUUUACCCAUUCAACUGCACACAGACAUGGACGUCAAGGAGCGGCGAUGCAGCGGCUGGGAUAUUUUCUUUUUUUUUUUUCUUUUUUUUUGCAAAAACUCAAAAAAUUAAACAUGCUUACUGCAUGGGCCAUUCGGGGACCCCUCAUCUGAGGCCAUGUCUUAUCAGUGCUUAUUUUGGGCAGUUGUAUGCAUAUAUCUAGGUAGUUCUGCUACACAAAACCGAAAAAAAAAAUACUUGUGCUUCGUAUGUGCCUUUGGUGUAAACAGUGUUGUCUUAAUAUUUGUAUCGUAUUUUACACCUUUUAAGAAUGUAUUUCUAUCUUGGACUUAAUAGUAGCCUUAUGAUACUGAAAUCAAUAUGCAAAAGUGCAGUUCUUUCAGAAUGUAGAGGGAACCAAAAAGAGUGACUUGCUUUAAAUGUCACACGUGCCUUGUCUGAGUUUGACAACACUUUCUGCCACACAAAGUGACACUUUAGAAGUGACUCGUGUAUGAAGAAGAUUGCUGGUGGACUGCUGUUAGCCAGUGUGCUGACGAAUGAAGGAUGUUUUCUUUUUUUUUUCUAAUCCCUUAUCUCAGUGAAGAUGAAGUGACCAUUUUACACUAAUGCCAAUGACCAUAUAUAAAGCUGACUUAUUAAUGUACAAUCAAUUCAAGACAUUUACGAGAAAAAUGAUGUGGCAUCAAUUAUUUUCUGUGUAAUAAAGAUGACAAAUUAUGGAAAAACAUG